GCUGUCCUGCUACGUCACUGCCAACAGAUACCCUGUGCCUCGUCUCCUGACCUCGGAUUCAGGCGCAUGCAACCGUCUGUCUAUCCGAAGAAAACGACUUCCACACACCUGGCGGAGAGAGUGGGCUUCAAGCAUGAAGGACUGUUACGAUAG